GUGUCUCGAUAGGACCAACUCGGUUACUUGAUGCACUUGACUCCGUGUGUAGGUUUUCAGCUCCGAGCGUGCUCAUCCUCCAGUCGGUGCGCAUGCAAGCAGAACGGAAGGUGGACUGUCAGUAGAUUAGACACGUCGUCGUCGAAGAAGUCGGGAUAACAGGAACGAAAAGCGAGGCAAGAGAAAGAUGCCCUCAUUUGGAAGAACAGGUUUGCUACUGCUGCUGUCUCUUGUUAUCUUCAGUGGAAUAGGCUACCUCUGGCUCCCCUCAUAUGAUAUGGUAGAGGACAAGAUUGAAGCCCCGAUAAAAAAGUGGUCCCCGCCCACUGGUCAAGUGAAGCCCGCGGCUUCCUGCACUUGCCCAGCGAAGUCAUAUGAUCUGGCAGGGAGCAUUCCUACUGCCAACCGAGAAGACAUUCAGAAACGACGGGCAGAGGAGUACAAGAAGCACCAGGCUAGAACAAGCUCCAUUUUGAACACACUCCUCUUUGCUCCACCCAACUCUCCACUGCAGUAUCCCAUUCAGGGUUUCACAGUACGCCCCUUGGUCCCCACUCUCAUUCCAGGUUUAGCGUUGCACGGGGUUCAAAGAAGCAGCUAUAAGGUAUCACUACAGGUCACCAAAGGUGUCCUCAGUCUAGGGAGCCAGAGUGAAGCACAAAGUGUCGAAGGUGGCGGAAAGAAAUUGCUGAUCUUGGAGAAGCUCAGCUUAGAGGAACUCAACAAACUUCUGGCGAAGGUCACCUACACCAUUCCUGUGUACCACAUACACACCGGAGACCUGGUUCACUUCUCGUUUGAGCUUCAUGAAGCUGUGUUCCCCAUCGCCAUUCGGCAACCAACCGUACCUGUUCUUUUCGACAUGGGAACAAACAUUAGCGACCAAGUGACAGUCACCACCAAGACCUUUAUGCGCUACAAAGAGUUGAAGGUCCUCAUAAGAAGCCUCAGGCAAUUCUACAAAGACGUGGUGCUCAUCGUAGCCGAUGACAGCUUUACUCCAGAAAAGAUCACAGAAGAAAAUGUUCUGCAAUACAUCAUGCCUGGGGGACAGGGAUGGUUUGCCGGCAGAACCCUGGCUGUCUCUCAAGUCACCACCAAGUACUUUCUUUGGGUGGAUGACGACUUUCUAUUCACUGAGAAAACAAAGAUAGAGGAUUUGGUGGAGGUGAUGGAGGCAACACCAGAGUUGGAUGUGGUUGGGGGUUCGGUUUCUGGAAACCAGUUCUACUUCUCCAUCGCCUAUGAGGAAGGCGAUGGUGUUGCUGGAGGCUGUAUGGACAGGAAGUCCGACAUAAAGUUCCAAUCACUACCAAAUUACCCACAAUGCUCCAUAGUCCAUGGGGUGGUCAACUUCUUCCUGGCUCGUACCGACGCUGUGAAUCGAGUGAGAUUUGACCCCAAGCUGAAGAGAGUGGCACAUUCAGAAUUCUUCAUGGAUGGUCUUGGCCAGUUGAUGGUUGCUUCGUGCGGCCAUGUUUCCAUUGGCCAUCAGCCGAGAGGGGCCAAUGCUCAAUACGGUCGGUUCAGACACCCUGGAAAGGGUGAUGUGCAGUAUAAACUACAGCUGCACUACUACAAAAACCAUCUCCAAUGUAUCCACUACGGAUAGGAAGAAUCCCGACGGAUCCAUACGCUAUAAGAGAAAGUUAUCUUCCAGUACUAUGCAUGUUUUCCCAUUAACAACCACUACUGGCUUGAGUUGUUGCUAC